AUGGUGAAGAACCUGGCGACCGUGCAGGUGGAGGACUUGGUGUGGCGCGCGCAGGCUGCGGACAGCGACGCAGAGUUCAAUUCGUGUCUGAGCAUGAUCGGGCUGACGUGUCCCGCAGCGGAAAAUUACUUGCGGGGUCUGGAUCCGCGCACGUGGACAUUGUUUUGCGUCGCGCAGCAGGUCAAGCUCUAUGGGUGGAACACAACGAUGUUCUCAGCU